AUGGAUGUGCUUUUGCUUUCCCAAGAGUCCCUGAACCUCUUGCUCGACGGUCGAGCCUCCGGGCUCUUGCGAGGGACGUUCACUCCAAAGCGCGGAGAUAUUUGGCUGGGGUUGGUUGCCGUUGGAGAUGUUGUGGCACGAGCCCGCCUGGUUGCGGCGCACAAGUUGGAUGAGCCGGGACUGCGGCGUGCAGGGGAAGCUUUGCUGGAGCAACAGAAACGGCUGUGCUAUGGAACCCCUCACUUGUGGGAGCUUGACAAAGUCGAGCAGCUCGCGGAGCCUUGGAGGAUUUCAAGCGCGGCGCGCAAGGGAUGCGUGCAGUGGAUUCCAGCGCAUCGCUGGCAGUCACAGCAUCCUGAGCCCGUCAAGCGGAAACAGUCCGGUGUCACGAGAGCUUGGCCAAAGAGGUUUCCCAGAAAACCUAGAUCUGACGGACGAGGCCCUGACCUUCCGCAAGGCUUGCUGCUGAAGCAAAGACGGCCAAAGAAAGGUAAACGGGAAAAGCGACUCAGCAGGAACGCCCCCGCAAACCCUCAAGAUGCCAUUUCUCUGGAUCGACAUGGCCAGGGUGCAGACUUGUCCCAGCGGCUGAGAGCAGGGAGAACUUUGCCCAGACUGCGACAUCUGGCCAGCAUGAGCUUGUUUCACCACAGACGACCCUUCGAUGCCCCGCCCGAUCCUCGUCCAGGACGCUGUGCGCUUUUACGAGGGAACCCUUGCUUCAUCGUCUCCACCUUCCAGCGCAGGAAAGUGCCCAUGGCAGAUGUUCUUCCAUUGCAGGAGACGCUGGAUGAGGCGAUCCUGACUGCCUCUCGAGCAGACACAGAGACGUGCGCGCAAAGAGACUUGCAAGAUGUGGGCUGCAAGCGCGUGCAGAUUCAACCACGAAAUCUCCGGAAGGGCCGGCUGCGUUUCAAUGUCUUGCCUGCUGCGUGUGAGCCUGGAGCUGCUGAUGCCCAUGACGUGCAGGUCUACUUGGGCCCUCUGCAAGCAAGUGCAGAACGACCGACUGCCCCAGCCGCCGCAGGGGAAAUCAUCCGUGUGGAGCCAGCUGCUGCCUCCGAGCACAAGAGCUCGCUUGUGGACGGGCGCUGGCAUCAGGUCGUGGUCCGACGAGAUCUUAGUCAGCGAGCAAUCUUUUUGCUUGACACCCCGCUGCCAUAUUUGCUGGAUACGCGGCCGGAGCGGUGCUUGACGUGUGGUAAAUCUUACCCAGUGAAGCCAAGCGACAUCCGCCGCCACUUCCCUACCGCUCUAUCCUGUCGUACUUCAAAGCAGCGAGUUGUAUGGUUCUCUGGGCGCUUGCUGGUGCAGGCGGUGCAAAAAUUUGCUGAGGUGCCAACUGCAGCCGCUGUGAAACGCUACCUGCUCGACUUAUACGCUUCGAACUCCCUGGAUCUUGCCACUGCUCAGCAGCAGCUUGGUGUGCUAUCUUGUCUGCCGAGAUUGCGGGCUUUGCGCGGGGUCCUGCGGCAAGCGUUGAUGUCGUACUUGCCAGGCCUUGUCGAAGAGAUCCAGAAGUCUGCCCACGUGUACUCUGGAAGCGCCGUCAAAGGCGACGGCAACUUCAAGAUAGCUGCUCGCAUCAAAGGAGCUCGCCCUGCCACUGCUGUCAUCUACGGCUGGUGUGGCGUCGACGGGUGCCUCCUGAAGCCGUGCGAACUCAUGCCCGUCGAAUCUUGGGCCUACAUUCGACCAGAUUUGGAGAAGUUAGCAGACCAGAUGCGAGCGAACAGAGAAGCAGCCGGGCUCGCGCAGCAUGAGAUCCCGCCCGUGUAUCAUUCAACUGACACUUACGCGAAACAUCGCAAGCUCCUGCGGAGUUUCUGGAGGCGGAAAUACAGCACUGGUGUGCAGAGCGUGUCAAGCACAGCUCGUGGAGAUGCGUACUCUGUGGCGCCCGGCCCCGACCGUGAUCCCACCAGGAUAACGGGAGAUCCCCAGCAUGAAGUGCUGGCGCUGGGCCGACUGGUGCCUCCAACCAGCAGCGACGGUCCAACAUUUGUUGCGGAUCACAGGAACCUUAUGGAGAGGCUCAGCUUGCCACCCUCGCCGCAUCCGACCUGUCCGGCCGAUCACGUCUUCCAAGAGUUGCGACAGGAUCUUCAGCCUCUCUUGCAAGAAGCUGUGCGGAACAGACGCUUCGAUCUUGAUGCCAGCAGCGCUUCGGAUCAGGAAAAGAAGGACAUGCGAGAUUUCCUUGGGCAGGCGUACGCUUCUCGUGCACAGAGCUGGCUCGGCAUCUUCGGGAGUUCGCCGCCCCGUCAAACCUUGGCACGGCUGUGCGGGCGAUUUGGGGUAAAAAUCCACGACACUGAGGGCAACUACAAUGUGCGCGACGCCACGGACUUUGUCGCAGAAGUGCGCAGGAUCCUGCGGUGGUAUCGACACAGAAAGAGAUCCACGCUGCUGCGAAGGCGACAGGUUCUACGGGAGCGUCAGCAGCGCAUCAUCCCCGGCAAGACGGGCGUCCUGAGCAAGAAGGUCCGGGCACACCUCCGACGACUUCGGCGGCCGGUUCGAGUGGAGAGCUUCAUGCACUGGCGAGACAUGGCGAUACAGACAUUGCGAGCUGGGAUAGCAGUACAAAGCGGCACUGUCUGCGUGGAACGCUACUGGGCGGCCUUGCUGAACUACAUUGCACCUCAGGUCCGGCAAAUGUCGCCAGCUUGGUGGUUCGUCUUGGCACAGUUGAGCUUCGCCAAGUGGAACUACCAGCAUUUCAGUCUUGAUGCCCUGCCCGGUAUAGCAGAGCGAGAUGCUGAAAUCCAAAGCAAGUUGUCAACCUGCACCUUGCUGGCGCGAGCCCUUCAUGACAGUGAGCUCAGCGAAGCCAUCGGAUUGCACGACCUUUUUGAUCCUUUCCGGCAUGAUGACGAUGCGCAGUUUGCGGAUGUCACCGUGCACAUGCGUGAGGGCAGGAAGGGCCCGCCCACACCGCGGAUGAGGGGCGGGGAGAUGCCCACGCUGACCGACUGGAGGAGGACUGGCUUGGAGGCCUUCGACGAGACGGCGCGGUCCGAAGAGAAGCGGAACGGCAAGCAGCCGCGCCCCGCCCAGUCCUUCCGCACCUCCGAGGGCUUCAGCACCUUCUCCAAGGAGUCCAACUACGGCAAGAUGCUGCGCUUUCUGAGGGAGGUAUCCCUCUUCGGAGAACUGGCAUUGCAGAACACCGAGCCGCGUAGCGCCAGCAUCGUGUGCUCGCAGGACAGCGAGUUCUUGCGUCUGCGGAAGGAGGACUUCCUUGCAGCGAUCCAAGGGAGGAAGCAGAAGAUCUACUUCUUCGAUGAGCACAUCGAGGCUUUGAAGGACUUUGCGGACAAGAAAGCACAAGGUGCCUUGCUGCAGCAUCCGUCGCUUCUUUUCACGGAUGAGAUCUACCGUGAUGGUCAGCCCAUCACCACGGAGGGCGUCUAUGCCAACACCAAGGUGUACCUUGUGGGUGCCGGUGCGAAGGUGGACCUAUUCCGGUACAAAGAGCCCUGUGCGAGCCCGGCCUACUUCCUUGCACGCCGUCCGCGGAGCGCGCCCAAGAAGAGCAAGGGCCCGUGCUUGCGGAUGCUUCCUGACAACCUGGAGCCAUGCCCCGCAGAAGAGGCCCUGCAGCAGAGCGCGGGCAUCUUCAACCCCAAUGAGGAGGACAUGGACCUCUAUGGGACCCUGCAGGAGGGUAGUCUCUUCGGCACAGCGGGGGCGCUGCAGAACCACAGCCCCGAGCCCUUCUCUGCGGUGGCCCGCUGUGAGACGGAGACCUGUACCAUCUACGCUCUAGACAGUGCGGGCAUGCAACAGCUCCACCCCAAACUGCUGGCGGUCUUGCGCGAGAUGGUGGCUGAGGGGUCCCUGGAGCGGCUGCAACAGCUGCCGGCGCCCCCCAACGCCUGGCAGGCGGAGAUCAAAACGCCGAAGUGGAAGAAGAAGGCGUCUCCGCUGCUCGACGGGGAGGGGACGCCUACGAGCCAGAGCUGGAGGCGAUGAUGGUCACGCGCCAAGAGGCGCUAUGCAGUGGCCUUCGAC